AUGAUUCCUGUUCCAUCUUCGUCGCAGCAGCCCCUGAAACCAAUUCUGAAACGGAGUGGGAGCAAUACCGUCACCAAGUCUGUCACAUUCAGCGCAACCAACUCGCAGGUAUUCUUUGCCGAUGACUGGGAUCGGUCUGCAGUUGAAGUCGUGUCCAAGCUGAGCUAUAGCGAUGUUCUCGAGCUGAAACAGCUUUCCCUCGAGUCCCUACCCAGUGACCGCCACGCGUCAAUGGGGCUCUCGCCGCUAUUGUCCCACGUUCCGCUCACGCUUUGUCCAUUGACUUGUGAAGAGCCAAAAAAUUCUAGCUCUUCUUCUACCGAGUCACGCGCUGCUGCACCGCCAUCUUCAUCGGCAUCAUCCUCGGAGCCCAAGGCUUCCCCUCUCGUUGUUCCUGAUUUGUCCAUUCUCGCAUCACCAGUGCCGACAUCCAGUGCGGUUCCAUCCGUACUUCCUCGUCCGCCGCUGUCUCCGGUGUCCUCGGAUGCUGGCUCGUCGGCCUCGGUGUCUAUGGGGUCCGUCUCACCCCGAACAACUUCCGACUCGUCCCCCGAGUCUACGCCCCCAAAGAUAUCCGUUCAACUCACCGCACCUGUUCCAGUCAGGCGACAACUCAUGAUGAGUUUCCAGCCCCUCUUGCCCGAACCCGGCGCGGAAUUGCCUCCUUCUCCUGUAUUGUCCGCCUCAAGCUUAUCCGAUUCAUCCACCGACACUGGAAAAACGCUGUCUAUUCUUCUAACGCAAGAUCCCAUGACACCGACCACUCCACGCACACCACACACGCCCAGCCAGCUGAGCCCAAUUCCCGCUUCCCCCAUCAGCCCGACAUCAUUUGUAUUUGGCCCCGCCCCAACUCAGGGUUCUUCGCCAAACAAGUCCCGGUCCUCUCGCGCAGCAGACUCGGCGCGGUCCUCGGCUCUGCUCGGGCCCAAGUCGGGAGACUUCGGGCAAUCUCCCCCGACUAAGUCCGCGGCGGGCAAUGUCUCCCCCGUCUCGCCAAUUUCACCUGCCUCGGACAAGACAGUAUCCGUCGCCUCUGAACUCGUGCGGCCCGUCCCGCGCCGAGCAUACACUCCUGUAUCGGACAUCCCGUCCCUUGCUCCGAGCCCACAGACGUCUCUCGUUAGGCGCGCUAGUCUUAGCUCGGCUCCGGACCUAGAUCCCGUUCAGCGCACCAAGGGAUCGCGCGGAUUUGACGAGUCUCGCGGGACGAAGCGCCUCGCAAUUGCAGCAAGCGCUUGGGUUGAUGGGGCUUUGCCGUCGCACAAGGAAGAGCUAGAGACAAGCAUUCCGACUCCUAUCGAGCCGAAUCUGCGCAGCGUACCAUUGCCGCCGGCUCCAACCCCGCCCCGUUCACUCCAGCGGUCCAACAGUUUGAACGAGUCUCAGCCUCGUCCGUUCAAGUACACUAACCCUUACUCUCAAAUCCGGGAAAGCGACGAGUCCACCUCUGUAGGCGAGACUACUCCCCGUCUGCACACGCGCCGCGCCAGCUCGGACAGGGCAGUUCAACUUACACGCGAUUUACCUGCUGCCGCAUCUAUCAAGAGCACGAGUCUAGCGCUUCCAAAUGCUCAAGAAGAUAGCCUUGGGCUCAGCAUCGCCCCUCGUGCGCGUCCCCCUCCGGUCUCGAUGAGCCGGCCUGUCCCGGCACACCGCGCGAGCGUACAUGGAUAUCCUGUCGGUACUAAUCGUCCACCCUCGCCCACCCCACAAGCCUUUUCGCGAGGCUAUCCCUCCCCGCUCUCGCCCAACCCACCUCUGAGUCAUCAGCAACCCCAACUGCAGUCUCGCUCCGGAAAACCUCUAGCAACCAAGGACGCCAAUGCCAACAGGCCCCUGCUCGAGCCACGUUCGGCUAGCUACACACUCUCGGACAGCGGCAAGGGUGCCAACUUGUUUGAUCGCAAGCCACGUAGCGCAAGCGAUCUGCCACUUGUGGCACCUCCCGCCGUUGCGACAUAUUCUGCUCCACUCGGACGUCCGAAGAACAGCAAGGUCAGCCGAUGA